UCUUUACUUACUUAAACUUACUUAAAAACUUCCGCUAUGACACGGUCUUAUUUUGAAAUUUAAUUAGCUUACGCAGCAAUAACACGUCUUAUCGCGACGACCGGAGAUAACAGAUUUUAAUAAAACAUUUCGCGCAAUUAAUUCCAGAUGAUUGAACCUAAUAAUUUAAAUUUACAAAUACAAAUCAAAAUAGGUAAACAAAACGAUUACUCAUUUAAACAAAAUCAGACAUCAUUAACCGAUUUUAAAUUCGAAUAACAUUUGCGUGGAAACUUUAGGGGCAUUAAGGCGUACUCCGAAAGAACUUCCCGAAGUUUCCACGAGAACGGGCAAGAACGAGACCGAAUUUCUCAAAGGCGGUACGAAGUUUGCAUUGGCUGCUAAUAUUUAAUAAAACUCAUCAUGUUCAAGAUAAAAAUGGAUUUCGGAUACCGAAGUUAGAAAUUUGUAUUGAACACUAAUAGAGAUCCGCUUGUUGUUCAUUUUGGACAAAUGGUAUAUAAUCAUUAAUCAAUAUACAAAGUAAUAGAAGAAGAAAUAUUUAUUCAAUGUUGAGUCUAGAUCUUGUCCUCUGCUUCCAAGUUCCAAGUAUAAUGUCUCUAUACGAUUAGAUCCAAACAUGCUGAAGAGGAUGCUGAAAAUGAAAUACAAUCAUUGCUAUUUCCUCAAAAAUUUUCCGUUUUGUUUUGGCAACACCGAGGGCAACACCAACAGACGAGUAGGAACUAGGGCAAGACGUUAUCAAUAGACAAGCAGUAUUAUGUCACAGAGUAUUACGAACCUUACAGCAAGUGGCCCAGGAGUCAAAAAUAUUAGAAAUGGAAACGUGGGAGUCCCUUUUGUUAUUCCUGCUAUCAAUUAACGACACGCUGCUCGCCCCGCCCUCUGUGAAGGACGAUGUUGCCGAUCAGUUAUGCGAAAGGGUUUUAAGUGUAUUGUUUGAAGUCUGGUUGAUCGCAUGCGCAAAAUGUUUCCCAACGCCACCGCUUUGGAAAACAUUGCGCGAACGUUGCAUGAAUUGGCGUCAUCGUAUCGCACUUAUCGAACAGUGGAACAGAGUGAAUUUGGCGUUAACGGCACGUGUGCUUGCUUUCAUGUAUGGUCCGGGAUUUCCAGAAUUAAAAAUAGGUGAAGACGAUCUGAUUCCUGCAGGUAUGUCUAACAACACAGUCGUACAGGCAUGGUAUCGUUUCCUUAAUACAAUUGGCAACCCUGCCAACUUAACCAAACCUGAGAUUAUUAGUCAGACACCGAAAUUUUUACAUUACGCUAUAAGCAAUGAGACAGUUGUUGAUCCGUGCUAUCACAGCUGUUUGCAAGCGCUUCCCUUAAUAUUUUUAAAAGCGAUCAAGGGAAUAGCAGGGCAGGUUGAUGCAUUUUUAGGUAUAGCACAACCGAGUUGGUGGGACGAGGUAGUGGUUGGAUGUAGCACUGAUAAGAACAAGGAGAUAGGUUCCUCUACCUCAAUACAUUCUCCUACUCCGCCACCUCAGCGCAGACUUGCUAAAAGCUUUAGUGUUGCCCCUUCUGCAGUGUCUAAGGGAAUGCCGAAAACGUCUUUAAUUGGACUAACAAGCAACCGAAUCUCAACAGUAGUGCAGACUGCGUCUGCGCCCAACUCUGGCCCAUCCUCCACCUCUAGUAUAUCAUCCCUUUCGUCAUUAAACAUGGAAAGCAGAGCUCCGUUAGCAGCCGAACGAGCUAAAUGCAACAGUAUAUUGCAUUUAUUUGGGGAAUGGCUUUUUGAAGCAGCAUUCGUUGGGUCCUCUCUUGUACAAGGCAACGAUCCGGAUCACAAGCGUCCCAGUUCCGUAAUAAUGGAAGGUCCAAAAUCAAAAGGUCCCAACUCUUUUCAUAUGAGCUCAAUAACCGACCUAACCGAUCUGCCCUCCAAUUUAACGAUCGACAAGUACGAGAGCGGACGAGCGGAGGCAUUAGGUGCACUCUGUAGAAUUUUCUGCGCCAAAAAAUCGGGCGAGGAAAUACUGCCCGUGUACCUCGCUCGCUUUUAUCUCGCCGUCGAUCAAGGUUUACACAUUUCGUCUGAUAGAGAGUGUGGCGAAACGAUCGUCUCGAUUGUCAUGAACUCGCAGAGUAUAUUCAAGCUGGAUUUGGAGGGUGUUCGAGUUCUGGUACCUUCUUUCGUUUCGGCUCUAGAAAUCGUGCUCGCGGAUAAGGAUUCAAAGUUAUCCCCUAACGUUUCUAAAGUGGACUUGAGACGAGCGUCAAUCAGUAUACUUUUAUCAAUACUUGUACUACCGCUCCAUUUUCAAAACAUCCCAAUUCGUGAAUUAACGACAAGUUCUGAACACCCUAUCAUAUUUUUGGAGCUCAAGCCGAAACUAAUGAACUUACUGAUGAAUGCAUUACAAGUUGAGUCGGACCCUCAAAAUGCGCACAUGUUAUUAGGUGGCCUAUUUUUGUGUGUGCAAGAUUCUGCUGCAUUUGAAGCUGUCGAACAGGUUACACAACCUCUGCCCGAGACGGGGACUACGAACUUGUUAAGCUCAGCGUCUGAUACCACAAGCACUUCCAGCAUGACAGGAGGCUCUGACCCUCGCUCCGACUACUUUAGAGGCGAUACUUUAUGUGAUGUACAUCCACUUGAUUCGGCCCAUGCAUUAUUUGUUCGUGCCACUUAUUUAGUAUGCCAUCGAUUGAUUUCAUCAUGGAAAACAGAUUUGAAUGUGUCACUAGCUGCAUUGGAACUUCUUUCUGGUUUGGCUCGGAUACAUAUAAAGGAGUCAGCAUCCAGAAAGUUUUCAGAUGCCUUAGAAUGUAAGCGUGCCGUAAAGUGGUUAUGUGACUACAUCAUUUAUCAAUGCUCACGACCCCCACCCGCCCAUUCGAAAGACCUACAUUCCACAAUAGUUGCGGCUUUCCAUUGCUGUUCGGUUUGGCUGUUAGAGCAUCCUUACCUUUUGCGCGACAAAGACUGUUUGACAACGGUUUUAGAGGUGGCCGAGCUUGGUGUCUCCGGAACAAAGUCGGUUGGUAAACCCGGGGAGAAAAUCAAAAUGAAAGACGAUAAGGAAUUAAAACCGGCUUCGAUGAGAGUGCGCGAUGCUGCUGAAAAUUUAUUAACUAGCAUUUUGGAACAGGUUGGGUAUUUUCCAAAUGAAUGUGGACCUGAGUCGGUGUCGUCCCUAUUAGAUGAAGUGUCAUUAUUGCAGCACUGUAAUUCAUGGGCAACUGAUUGUUCCGAUCAGACUUUAGCUGUUGAGCGCUUUCGAUAUUUUGUCUCUGAAGGCUCCAUUAUGUUGGCUCUGCUUGAAGAACCAUUAGGAAAUGAUCAGGAUCCACAACCAACAGUUACUUUACUAAUUAGAGGACCCUUUGGUCGUCACGCGUGGACUAUGCAGCUAAGGCACUUACCUAGGCAUCGGUCUGGUACUAAGUAUCACGCACCGAGCCCGGGUAGGCCAGUUGCAAUGCAAGAUAACCCAGUACGACCCGAGGUUAGUCACAGGUAUUUCCCUGAAGGUGUGGACAGAGUACCGCAAUGUAAAGCUGACCUAGCCAUUCCCAAUUUGGACCACGUACUCUCCGAUGAUGCAACCGCCAGUGAAGAAACGAAGAAAUUGAGUCAACUUUUAAAAAGGCAGAUAGCAGCGGAGGCGAAUAUGAUCAACAAUCAUUCUCAACAAACGCAGCUGCAAGAAUGCGCCCCGCCACCAGUUUGUCACGAAUUUCAAACUUCUCGGCUGUUUUUAUCUCAUUUUGGAUUCUUAUCAUUAAAUGGAGAUAACGAGAAUACUUUUAAUCAAACACUCAUUGCACUCGAUAGUAGCGCAGCUGAUUUUUGCAAAGACCUAACAGCUUUAGAUAACAUGAGUCCUCGAACCUGCGAUACCGCCCACAUCUUUUAUGUGCGUUCUGGUCAAACAUCCGCACAGGAAAUUGUUGGGAACGUAAACGACGAAAAUGUUUCCUCGCAUUUUGUCGAGUUUAUACACACCUUAGGAUGGCCGGUGGUAGUAAAAAAACAUCCAGGCUGGACGGGUCACGUAUCAACAAGUUGGCAAGUCAAGUCUUCUUACAUACCUUCUAAGCAACAAAACCACGCUGUUAAAUACUACGAUGGAAAUUCGCACGUUUUGUACUGGGCUGAUGCCUACUCAGAAGUAGCCUUUGUGGUACCUUCCUCAAGGAAGAAUACUUCGUACCAAAGUGCUACUAACUCUUUUAAUACCAGUACCUUGUCUUCAUGGCACGAAAACAGUCUAUCUGACAACGGUUCCCUUCGAGAUAAACGAACUUUGUCGUUAGAUUUAGAUAAACAACCAGCGCCACCCAGACGUUCCGGCAAUCGACAUCAUUACUCCCACACUGAUACUAAAAUUAUGAUCGUUUGGUUAGAAAGCUAUGAAGAUUAUUUAACAUUACCAAUAAACGAUUUACUUAAUUACAUGGAGACAGGUUUAGAAAUAGGCCCAACUCGUAUUAGUGAUGUUUUGGUAAUCUACUUGCAUUGGAUGGCGACUGGACUACUAAGGGUACAUUUACAAGGACCAUCCGGAAGGGUCGGUUUGGCGUCACCUCUGGUCGAUGGCAUGAUUGUUAGUCGACGAGCAAUAGGACCAUUAGUUCGGUACACUGCGAUUAAUAUGUCUCGAAGGCGGCGACUAGAUUCAGAUAAUUAUCAACCCCCGCAUGUUCGAAGAAGGGUGAAAGUGCAGGAAAUGGUACAAAAGUAUAAGAGGGAAAUGAGUCAACCUAAAUUGUUUACGUAUCUGUUUAAUAAUUUAUAAAAAUGUUAUAAGUUUUGUAAUAAUAGGAAGGUGUGUAUGUACAGUAUUCA